GCCUUUUGUACGUAUGAUUUUUUUUUUUUUCAAUUUUACAAUUUCACCAAGUGAUCGGGUUUAAUUAUUUUUAAUGUUUUGAGUGGCUUUCUCAAGGAUAAAUUUUAUCGGGUUGUGAUUGUCGAUCGAGUUGCUGUAAAUUGUUUUUGUACUUUGUGCGACGCGUUUUAGUAUUUCUAUCGCUGAAUUUUUUUCUUCAAUUUUUUCUUUUUUACUAUUUUAUUUUGUAAGCAAAUAUCGUGUUUUUUCUUCUUUUUUUUCUUCCUAUUUUUCGGUGUGUGUUUUUUCAAACUGUUUCGAUGUGAGUAAGGAUUUUUGCAAGCGACAUAAAUGGUCUAGAACAAAUAGCAAAAGAGUUAAUGGGCAGAAGGAGAUGGCAGCAUUACCAGCAACUUUUAAUGGAAAAUGUUCAUUUAAAAGACGAAGGCAAACAAAUGGAGGAAAAAGACUGGGAAUCGUCCGAUAAAUGUAAUUUUUGUGAUGAAAACUCAAAUACCUCGCAGCAAAAAGUCGAUAACACCGUUUCGGAGAAUCAAGAGCAAUCGAAAACGCAAAACCAUUCCAGUGAGAGUUCGUACGAAAGCGAAGAUAGCGAAGACGACAUCUCAGGCAAAGCAAACAGCGUGAAUUUCCACAGAUCUCCACUUAACGUAUCAAACAUUCCCAAAUCGUACUUUACCAAAACCCAAUUGAACUCUAUGUCAAGUCUAGAAUCAGUGGCUUCAUCAGUGGCAGCAUCAGCAAUGGCUGCAGUAGCUGCGAUGAAUAAUGUUACAUUAGGCAAAUCAUUAAGUUUACAUUUCUCGCCAAAUACAGCUGGCGAUAUGAUUCCUCCCUGGUAUUUACCAGCAGCGAGUAAUUUUAAAUUGGACGUCACCUCCAAGAGGGAGGAUAAUGAGACUGAUGUUGUGGAUGAACAACCCCUAGAUCUAAGUGCGAAAUCAUGUUCGCCAUCCAAUUCACCGGCUCGAUCACCAGAGAUACCUUCACCUGUUGUGCCAACUACGCAGAAUUUCUUAAUGACUACCUCGUCUAUCGCUCAUACGUCCAAAGUUCCAGUAUUGAAUACUAAUCGUCAUAUUUUUAAGGCGAAACCACGUUUGAGUCCAAUGGCUGGAAGACGUACAUACACAGAAGAAGAACUACAAGCUGCAUUACGAGACAUACAAAGUGGUAAAUUGGGUACCCGAAGAGCUGCAGUUAUCUAUGGUAUACCCAGAUCAACAUUACGAAACAAGGUGUAUAAAUUAGCCAUGGAAAAAGAACGUGAUAAUGCGGUCCAUUUUCCCAGUAUAACGAUUGAAGACAAACGCUUAGAAGAGGUUGACUUACCAUUGGACGACAAAGAAGAAUUAGAGGAACGGGAUGACGAAGAUGAAGAAGUAGAAAAGGAACUUUCGGCACCAGAUGAAGAUGACAAGGAUGCUGAGAAACAGUUCACAAAACCAGUAUUUACUGUCGAAGAUCUCUUUAGAAUUUCCAAGCAGGCUGGCAGCCAGCUUAUGGAAAAUGAUUCGUUGCGAGCUUUACUCCAACACGGUAAAUUUUUAACCGAACAGAAUAUCAAACAGGAGAAAGACUCGACUAGUACAACGACAAGUAAUCAACAUCAACAGCAGCAACAGCAACAGCAACAACAACGGCAGAACCAAGUACCUACUCCAGUGUAUUCAAUAUUUCCACCAGGUGAUCCGAAGAUCUGGGGUAAUCUGGAUCCGAGUUCCAUUACACCAUAUUUGACACAUUUUAUGGCUCUGUCUACCAGAGAUAAUAUCUCAUCUCUGAUAGGCCAUACAAAUCCAUAUUUCAGUCUACAGAAUCGAACUCCACCAAAUGACAGUCCGACAGAGGUGUCACCUACAUUCAGUCCAAAGUUCCCAACGCCUGCCAUGUUUCCAGAACUCGUCCAACGUAUGUUAGCUGAGUCAAAAGAGCUGCAGAAUUCAGUGAAAACUGAAUCAUUGUUCUCAUCACCACCCAACGAAAGUCCAGAGGAUGCAAAUAGCAAUAAUCUGUCAUCAAAUGCUCUAAGCAGACUGCCUUUAUUUAAACCACCAUACAAGAACGGUUCAGCUAGCGAAUCCAGUUUUAACAUUCCAGACUUUAACACUGACAAUAAAUUUUCUGAAGGUUCAGAGAAAAGUGCUACAUCUUCACCACCACCCAUGAGUGGUGCUCGUAGUGAUUCGUCAUCUCCAUUACCUAUGAACCAUAAGCUAGGAGGGUUGAAUCUGCGCGAUGUGAUAGCCAAAGGCAUUGGUCAACAGUUCCAGCGGCCAGGCGACUUGCCAUUGUCACACAUGGCUAGCACCUCAAGCAUAGACGGCCUGCAUCGAGUCAGUUUUCCUAGCCUAUCGGCGACAUCAGUGAUAAAAAGCCAUAGCGGCAGCACCAUGGACCCUGAAGAUGCCAAAAAACUGUGCAACCAAAUCAAAGUUCCUCUACCUUCAUCCGCAUCUAAUGUGAAUUCUUCAGCCAACAGCGGCAAAGGCACCAGACCAAAACGCGGAAAGUAUCGUAAUUAUGACAGAGAUAGUCUGGUUGAGGCUGUUCGGGCUGUGCAACGGGGUGAGAUGAGCGUCCAUAGGGCUGGUUCAUUCUACGGAGUUCCUCAUUCCACCCUAGAAUACAAAGUCAAAGAAAGGCAUCUAAUGAGGCCUCGCAAACGUGAACCUAAAAAUCCGCCAGAUGACCUGAAACGAAGGGAAGAUGGUAGUAUACUCAGACUAUCAGUCAACGACACCAGUAAACCAAGCCAACAUUCUCCGUCCCCUCAGCCAAAAAUUGUCAAACCACCAUUCACCACUCCUCCCUCCUCGCUACCAACCACUCCUAAUGGUAUGAAAAUACCAACGCUUUUUGACCAGCCUCAUCCGUUUGCUCCUGCAGCUCCUUUCCCUUUUUGGCCAGCACCUUUCCACCAGCUAGCCAUGGACUACUCGAGGAAUCCAGCCUUCACAUCAACUCCUGAACAUGUCCUAGCCACCCAUUUCAUGCAACGAAUGCAAGAAGAAUCUGCCAAGAAUAAUCAACUAUCUCAUACCUUAGGCAAAACUGCCAGAGAAGUUGCAGAAAGCUUAUAUGAUGGGUCAGGCUUCAAUGGUAAUUUCUUAGAUGGUGUGAUUAGAUCUAGUCUCGACAGUGAUGCAACUUUCAAUGAGCAUGUCCAAAGAAAGAAUAUACUGGAGCAAUUGUACAGAUCAAAAUACCUGAACACAAUGAACAAACAUUCUGGCGAAUCAGAUGAUGAAAGCGGUAAACCUAAUAUCAAUCAUAUUCUAAUGCAUUCUCUAUUACCCUCUGUUGUCCCCAAAGACACCAAAGAUGCCGCAGCUGCAGCCUCCAAGAGUGUCGAUGAUGAAAGUGACGAUAAGGCUGAACAAUCUUCAUUAGAUGAAGAAAAAACUGCCAUCGUUAAAGAUGAACCCAAUAUUGCUAGUGUACAGAAUACAAAUUUUAAUCUAGAAUCUCAAAUUGCUGGCGUUGAUAUAAAAACCGAAAAGAACUGAAUUUAUGUAAAUUAGGUACUAUUUUUUUUUUGUUUCUACUUAUUUGUUGUAAUUUAUCAAUUUUACUGUGUAUUCCAUUUUUCAAGACAUCUGUUUCCAUGUUUUAUAUUUAUACCCGUGACAUUUCCCCCUUGUAUCUCUAUUGUAGGUGAAUACCAUGAUAAUUUCUAUUCUAUAGGUAUCUCUACCUACUUUAACUCUCUUUUUGUGUCCCUGUCCCCAUUCUCUAUUUUUGUUCAAAAUUUUGUCUACUUAAUUUUACCUAUUUGAUUUUAAAUUUGAAUCUGGACAUUUAAAUUGCAUGAUUUGCUCUCAAAAGAUUAAGUACCCACUAAAAGUUCUGUAUCAGCUACCAUAAGCUUGAAUUUAGACUCAGUGAAGUAUGUAGAAAAAUGAAGAGAAAUUUUACUCUUUCUCUUCUUGGCAAAAAAUGCCCAUAGAUGGUUAAAAUUCUGAAUUUUUUGAAAGUCUGCUGGACUUGAAGGGAAGAUAAAUGAGAGAGUUCUCUGAAGAAAAGUUAUGUAAGUCUUAUUCCAUUAGCCUUUUUUUAAAUAGUUGUUUGUGGUACAGGAAGUUGAAAGGAACAAAUUGAGAAAAUGAGUUGUAAUUUGAAUUCUUUAAGAUUUAUUUUCAAUUUUCUAUCCCCUCCCUCUCCUCCUAGAACCUCUUGAGAAGAAAAACUGUUGGAUCACUGGUAAAUUUUUAAUGCAUGAACCUCCAUUUCAAGAAUGAGAAAAAUUGAUACAAAUUUUCUGACAUCCGAGGUUAGUAGUUCAACAAAUAAUAAGCAAAAUUCGAAUUUUUGUAUGAACUGCUAAAAAGAUAGAGUUAUAAAUAGAUUUGUGAAAAAAAUUAUAAUUUUAAAAGUAAUUGAGAGGGUUGAUAAGGUAUUUAGUCAAAAAAUCAACAAUUACAUAUUAGGUGGGUAUCCGGUAUAUGACAGCUUUUUGCCUGAAAAUAAACUUCAAAAGAAUUUGACUCUUGAACUUUUCAAAUUUAGGAUUUUGGAAAAUUUUUUCUACCAAUUUUUAGCUUAACUCAAAUUAUUAAAUUUCAGUUCUAGGUUAAAAGUUCACAAGUAAAAUUUCUUCACUUCUCCACGAACUAUUCAUUUUAUUGAUCAUUUUCAAAAUAGAAUAAUUUUUUAUCCAUGGACAAGAAUAUUCGUUUCUAUAGUUUUUUCUUCAACUAUAAUUUUGCUCCUUCAGUUAUAAAGAUGAGAAAUGUGCUCAUCUGUAUCUUUAUCUGCGUUUUUUGUGGCAACCUUCUUUCUGAACAGUGUAAAAAAACAAUUUAUGACUCAAAAAAUUGAAGGGAAUAUUUAUUUCCAGUUCAAUUCUUUGAAGAGCUAAUAAUCAUGCAAUUAAGAUGUCUGGGUGAAAAUAUUCAACCAAACUGGUUCAUAAUCAAAUUCAAAAUUUAAAAAAAUCAAAAAAAAAUGUAUAACUACUUACGCUUAUGCUCAACUCUCCCCCCCCCCAAAAAAUUAAAAAUCAAAACAGAUGGCUUUGGCCAUGCACUCCUUAAAUUUAUAUUUUUAGUUUGAAAUUUUAAAAAUAAUAAUGUCUUGAAUGUUAUCUAAGUACAUUAUAAAGACAUAACUUACAUUUUUUUUUACCUAAACAAUUCUGAGCUUUAUUCUUGUUACGUCAUCUUUAAGUAAAUCAACAUUAUCAAACUGUAAAAGGUUGUAAAUAAAUUUUGGGAAUUGGAGUUUCAAAUACAAGAAAAAAAUCUAUCUUUCAUUGCAUCUUUUUGAUGUCAAAAUUUAUAUUAAAACAGUUACCAAAUUUUUGUUUUCCCUAUUUUGGUAGAUAUUUUUGUUAUUUACUUUUUAAAAAAUUUCAACAUAGAAAUAUUUUUAUGGUUUCUCAAACCUUGACCCAAAGAACACACAUUGAUGUUCCAAAUUUUAACCCAGUGUAUGUCUACCUAUCUUUAUUCAGUAUUUUCUUUCAUCUCUUUCAAAAAGUCUCUGAUCUAUACUUACUGGGAAAAAAAUUUGAGGGUUUUCCACGUUUUUUGUUUACUUGUUUAUUUUUUAAAAAUAUUCGACGGAUGAGAAUAGUUAGUUUUAAAUGAAUAUUUUCACCAACAUCUAGUCAUUGACUGAGAAAAAUUACAUCUUUGAAUAUAUUUAUUUUCUUAUUUCUUGGAGUCAAAAUUCAUCACUUUAUAUGAAAUGUGUAAUUAUUUCAUUAUUUAUGUAGGUAACCUAUGUAAUUGUCUUGGUAUAUUUUAUUGCAUUUUAAUUGUUUUAAACUUCAAUUAAAUUGAAGUUUUGUAUAAUAUCAAUUUUGUACAUCAUUUCAAUAGAAACCCUUAUUUUCAACUAAAAUAUCAAACUCGAAUAACUAUUCUCAUUUUACAUAUUGCCUUUUAAAGGUUGAGCGUUGCAUUCCUAAACCUUAAAACGUUCAAUUUAAACUUAUUCAUUGGUAAUAUCGUCACAUUGGUAAAUUUCUAUCACUGAGAAGUCAAACCCUGUUUACAUUUUUUGUUUUUUUUCCUGUGAAUGUUCUUCAAUUUGCGGUAAACCGCAUUUGUACAUAUAUUUUUUGAAAACUUGUUAAACAGUUCGUUCAUGUAAUAAUCAAAGCUCUUUACAAUAUUUAAUAUCUCCUAAGUUGAUACAUUUUGUGUUCGAUUCAGUUUCUAUUUUUGUUUGUUCUCUUUUGUUGUUAAUUUUUUUUAUUGUUUAUUUAUAAGCGUGAAUUCUAUUUCUGUUCCAUUUAUAAUUUUCUGUUCUUUUUUUUUCUUUUUAUUUCCUCAUUAUUUGUUGUGCAAUGUCUGGCGCUAUUUUUUUCCAUUUUGGGACCAGCGUAUAAAAAUUUGAAAUCAAAAUUGCUGCGUGGUUUUGUAAAUAUACAUUCCGUUGAAAUUUAUUUCAUUUUAAACUUUUUUUUUUCUAAUAUGCAAAAUAGUUUUUAAAGGUUGUACAGUCCGUGUUCUGAAAUAUUCCGUAUUUUAAUUACAGUUCUAUAUCCAUAUCAUAUUCUAUAUAAAAGUAGUCUCCUUAUACAAUUUAAAAUAGUUUUACAUAUUUUAAUACUUAAUACACAACUUAUCUCUCCGCAAAAUAGUUCUUAAGGUUUAUUCACACGCAAGUGUGUACAGUUGUUAAUCAAAUUAUACAAUGAAAAAAUUACCUAUAAUUAAGCCUUUCUCUGUCAGUUUACAUUUUCAUUUUAGUUACUCUUAAUUACUGCUAAAACUGCACAUCUAUAGUCAGGUGAACCAUUAAAUUUGAUACAAAAGUAUUAGCCAUCAUUGCCUGGAUUUAUUUUUCGUUUCAUUUACAAAACUACCUAUUAAUUUGAUGUUUGGCAACGUUUCAAUCCAAAUAAGCUAUGUUUUCGUGCAAACAAAAUAGGUAGGUAGGUAGGUAAUAAGUAUACAUAACACUUGUUGGGCGACUUUCUGGUUUCAUAAAAAAAUCCCAUUAUUGGGGAAAUUGUAUUUAUGUUGCCUACCUACUUGAUUUUUUUUUUUUUUGGUACAACAUUACAUUACUUACCCAUUAAUCAGAUAUUCGGCACUGUUGCAAUUCCAAUAAAUAGGUACUACCUACAAUUUUUUGUUUACAACAAAAUACCUACAAAAUAUAUGUACUAUUGUUGGACACAUCUAAGAUUUCACUCGAAUUUAUUAUCUACGAGUGGUAUUUUUAAUCGUCAGUAAAUAUGUAGCAUUCAAUUUGCAAAAUUUUGUGAACAGAACUAGUCCAACUAAGUACUAAACAUAGUUUGAUUGCUAUAAACAAAGAAAAGCAUAUUUGGACAUUUUUUUUUCUUGAGAAUAUUCACCUCUUACUGUAGGCAAUGUAUUUAAUUUAGUUUACUGUUCUAGAAUCUAGAUAUUUACAAUAUCUGGUAAUCUGCCACACACUCCCUGGUCUCUUAUCUACUUGAAACCUUGUUUUCUUAGUUCAUUACCUAGUUAUAUUUAUACCUACAUAUAAAAAUACGUUACUGUAUAACUUUCCUCUUCAUAUUGGCUUCUUAUAUGCUACCUAUUUUAACAAUUGAGCGAAAUUAUUACCGCAUUUAUUCAAAUUUAAGAUUAUACUUACAUUUUCUAUUCUCAAAGAAGCGAGCAUUUACGCUAACGCCAUGUGAGUUCAUAUGUUUACCACUUUUCCUCAUUACUCCCAGUAAAAAAAAAAUAUUUUUAUUAUUUUUUUUUCUUUGAAAUCCUCCAAGCAAUGUACAUGCAUUUUUUUUUUUUUUUGGAAUUGUAUUAGCCACACUUGGAGAUGUUUUAAUAAGAGAAUCUAUAGUUAUAAAAUUUCUGUGUUCACUUAUAUACUAAUUUUGUGUAUUAAAUUUAUUCAUUUUAGUUGAUAAUUUAAAUUUAUAGGGUUUCGAUUCGAACAUUUUAUUUCUUUUAAAACAAAUUUCAAUUGUGUAAUUAUAGCUUAAACGAUGAAAAAACAAAUUUUAAGGAAAAUUUCAAAAUGUGUAUAUAAAUUAUAAAUUUUAAUUUGUAUUCUUUUAUAUUUCAUUAUGUCGGCGUGUGUUUUGAAUAUAUGUCGAUAUUAAGGUUUCACAUUCUUUGUUAUUUAUAUAAUUAAAUACUUUUCAAUGUCGAUU